UGCAGCCUGUGGUGGCGAUAGAUGCGAACUGCUUUUUCUGUCGAUGUUAACCACGUGUACUGCGUUCCUCAUGCUCUUUUCUUCACCAUUCCCACCAGUUGCAUACUGAGUGGGUCAUCGCCCUCAUGAGGCAGCCAUUCGCCAAUUGCAGCUGCGUGGCGAGCAUAUUUUCUGCGACGCCUGCUGCAGCUGCUCUGCGGGAUCUGGCAUGUGAGAUUUUUUGAAAAAAUGAUAUAUGCCGGGCAGGUCAGAGAUGGUUCGACUUCUCCUCCACUAUCUCCUUUGCUCGGGGAUCGGCGUCUGCGGCUCCGGCUCCGGCGUCAGAGGCGUAAUCGAAGGUGGUACGAGUAUGUGGUAUGAAGCUGACUGCUUCCUGAGGAGAAACUGCUCAAGAGACAGGAGGCAGUGCACACGUCUGUCUACGAGGACUCACAAAAGGACACCUCUUGGCCCCCCACAAAUUACGAACGCAACGUCUCAGCAAUUGCCCCCACACUUUUGAUCCGGCGAUCUGUCCGGGCCCCAGUUUUGUCGAAACGAUCUGGAACCGGGCCAGAAGGAAGGACGCCGGCACCGGCAGGGCACGUUGAGACUUCACCGGAGGCUGAAAAGGA